CCUCGGUCCACAUGCCCGGAGUGAGGCUGAGGACGCAGACAGGGAGCAGGUCCGGCUCUGGGAUAUUUACAGUGAGCGAACACCUGGAUUACGAAGCAGAACUUUUUCUUUUUUUUUUUUUUAAUUUUUCAAAAAAUUGUUUCCAACCCCCCCAAAAAAACCUGGCCACCAUGUCUCGGGCUCCGGAUGGUGUGAGCAAGCUCACUGAGAGUACAUUCAAGAAUGUGAUGGAGCAGUUCAACCCGGGCCUGAGGAACCUGGUCAACCUCGGCAAGAGCUACGAGAAAUCCGUCACAGCCAUGACUCUUUCCGGAAAGGUCUAUUUCGAGGCGGUCUCGAAGAUCGGAGAGAACGCCAUGGUGUCGCCCGUCUCCAGAGAACUUGGCGUGGUUCUUAUGGAGAUGGCAGAGGUCCACAGGAAGGUCCAUAUCGAACUCGAAGAGAACUUCAAAAGUUUUCACAAAGAGAUUAUUAUCGAGCUGGAGAAGAAAACAGAGAUGGACGUGAAAUACAUGAAUGCCACCUUCAAGCGCUAUCAGUCGGAGCACAAGCUGAAGCAGGACUCUCUGGAGCGCUCUCAGACAGACCUGAAGAAGAUCAGGAGGAAAAGCCAGGGAAAGCACUCGUCCAAGUAUGAGAUCAAAGAGAACGAGUACAUGGAGACCAUCUCAUCACGACAGACAGACAUGCAGAAGUUCAUCGCUGACGGCUGCAGAGAGGCCCUGCUGGAAGAAAAGAGACGCUUCUGUUUCCUGGCGGACAAACACUGCAUGUUCUCGUAUCAAAUUGGCAACUUCUACGAGAAAGCCAAGGAGAUGCUGGCCAUGAAGCUCCCCAGCUGGCAGGACAAGUGCACCGACAUCACCAAGGUGCCGGACACGGUGGCGACCAUGAUCGAGGGACUCUCCACCCCAGAGCAAUCGCCGCAGGUUGAACACUGCAACAGGAACAACGCAGCGUCACUGAUGCCUCCUCCAGCACCUCCACUAAAGGCUCAGAUAAGUCCACUAGCCAUUAUGUUCAACCCCGAGCCCAGAUCGCCGCUCACCUCCGCCUCAGACCACAACUCAGACCAGGGCAGUCUCGGAGAGGGCAGUUUGUCCCGGUCGGCGUCCCAGUCGUCCGGUCUCAACGUGGCGAGGAGACACCGGGUUAGGACCAUCUUUCCCCACACAUCAGGCAACAACAACACACUCCUCAGCUUCGACGAGGGCGACAUCAUCAGCCUGCUCAUCCACGAGGAGAAGGACGGCUGGCUGUACGGAGAGCUGGACAGGACGAGGCAGCGGGGCUGGUUUCCCUCAUCUUACUGCAGAGCUUAUUCUGAGCCAGCGAUAACAUAUAGCAAUCUGGGCACGCCGGUGCGUAGACUGAGUGUGGCCAGUCUGCCAGAGCAGGAGGAGGAAGAGCCAGUGUUGAUUCCCCCACCGGACUACGGCGACGACCCCUCGAGCCCAGCGGUCCCCUCGACGCCCUCGCCACAGAACACGGUCUCUUUAGUCAAUGGGACUGCGAAGGCUUCUUUUCUAGGAGGAGGGAAUCCAUUUGCCACGGUGAAGCUGAGGCCAACGGUCACGAAUGACAGAUCAAGGCCUCACAUCUAACACAGAGCUGGAGAAGUUUCACCGCUGUCAUGCCUUCGGGGGAGUCAUGCAACAUGGGACCCCUGCCACACAAUGAAUAUCACCCCCAACCUGACAUCUCACCAGCCUGCAUGCUGGUCUCUCUCAGCAACAGUCUGCUCCAUUAAAAGGAACCAUUGUUUCUGGACAUAAGUGUGCUUUACUGUGCCAGUGUGUUUCACAUCACCCACAGCAGUGAAAUACUACAUAAUUAACACAUGGAUAUUCUGAAUAACUUUGUAGUUCAAAGAAAGACUUUCAUAAUGUUAUACACCCAGUCUCAAAGUAAUAAUACAAACCAAAAUGAAAAUGUAGGCUUUGUCUCAUAUAUGUCACUAACAGUUAUAAUCAAAUGUGGCUGCGUCACAAUUUUUUCCGAGGUGAAUACCUUUAAUGUGAGGUGGCAGCAAAAGAAAAUGUUCAGUUUGCAUUUGCAGUAUAACCUGGUAAAGAUUUGUCACGGUGUAAAAAAUGCUAUUUUUAUGAAGUCCUCCAUCAAAAAACUAAUACGAAGAGAGAUAAAUAAUACAUGUGAAUGCAAUUGGAUAUAUUUUGUUUUAAACAUGCUGCCAGUAAAUACUAUCAAAAAUUGGGGUUUAUUUCAUGAAAACUAUAAAAAACAGAAAACACUGUUGUAAGAAUGGUUGUGUGGACCCGUCUGUGAAGUCCUUUGGCCAGACAACACUUGAAUUUCAGUGCAUUAAGUUUUUAAUGUCUUUUUUCUUUCCAUGUAAAAAUGAUAUUGAGGUUUAUUUUGAAUCUGAUGGUGACAUGACAUGAGAAUGUGGAGAUUAAACCUGCAUCUUCAUUUUGGUCUGAACUACUCCUCCUCCUCCCUAAGACUGUGUCUAGGGGAAGAAGAGAAGUACCCUGAGUGUCAUCAGGGCUUUUCAGACUUGUUUGUGUUUUCAUACAGAAUGAAGAGAUCCAGAUGUGAAUGUUAGUGGCCUGAUGCUGACGAAACGGACCAGAACUCUCUUCCUGACUUGCCAAAAAACAUGUACACAUUGUUAUUUCUAUUUUUCUUUUUUUUAAAAGAGGCAUUGAGAUUUACAGAGGUGAGAAUGAAGGAAGAGAUCAUUUGAGUAAAGACAAAUGAGAAGUCUAUUUAUAUACAGAAAGGUUAUAUGAGAUAUUAAAGUAUAAGUAUUUAAAGGGGCAUUAAGAUUCCCCUCUAAAUAUUUUUUCCAAGGGUGCUCAAGAUGAGCAUUGGAUCCCACACUGAUUAUGAUUUGACUGCUGGUAUGUAUUUUAUAUGGUUAAAAAGACAUUUUCACCCCUCAUGGCUACACUUUUGUUCAAUGUAUAGAUUCUCUGAACAAUGCACAGCUCAUACUAAAUGGUUAUGUGAAUACGGUGGUCAUAAAGUAUUAAGUAUUUUGUGAGGAGAGGGGCAAUUUGCCAUGUUCUUGCUUUGCAGGAUGUAAGUGUACGAUGAGGAGCUGAUUGAUGAAAUAGAUCUUCAUAGACCCACUGAUGUGCGUAAUUGAACCCAUCAUACUGACGCAGUCAACGCCACAUGCUUUCUUCAGAGUAACGUGCCACUGCAUUGACCCAUGUAGUCUCUCAAUAAAACAUGUUCAAGUAAAAGUCUGCAUAA